GCGAUACGGAGAUGCAUACCACCCAGACUCAGGCACCAAGGGAGCGAGAGGAUGUGCUGAAGCAGUAGCAGUUGCAGGUGCACGAGAUGAGGGAUCAGCUGAUGCAGAGGUGGGAGGACCCAUCACGAAAGGGAGCGCGGUGGGCACAAAGAGGGCGGCUAUGCACAGACGCCUAAAGCCAAGAAGAGAAAAAAAGAAAGUUCGAUUCCUUGAUGAAAUAACUGAUGGCAACCUGGCAACAGACUGUGGUGAAGCUUAUCCCACUCUCGACAGUGAAGCUGCCAGGUGGGCAAUGGUGACUAUACCAUCAGCAAGGCAGGCAGAGGAAGAACGCUCAGUUAGCCCAGGUCUGGGGGGCACCAGUGGAAUGAUUGUUGUGCAUGAGAGGAGCAGAACUGCAGAAUCAGAUAAUGGACAAGCUUCAAAUGCACACGUGAUUGCGAACCUACACAAUGAUGAGUCCAUGCAGGCUCCGAUGCAUCAGGGCACAGCAGCAACUCAAGCAUUUUCAGCAGAACCCGUUGCCCCGGCAAAUAAUUCUAUUCCGGUGCAACCUGGGUUCCAGCAAGUGAAGGUUGAGAUGGAAGCUAAGUACCCUGGCGAAUUAGGUCUUCAUCACGAAGAGCCUAGAGCAGAGCAUGUCAUUGUUUUCUACGCACUGUUCAAGAGGUGUGCUGAUGAAGUUCUGCUCGGCAAGAGAUGGUUCAUCCAUGACUACCCAACAUGGAUCAUCCUUACAGGGGAGGAACUAGUGGAGCAGCUAGGUCCGGAUGGAGUUGUUGACAGGCUGGGCAUGUCAGCAAUUUGGAGAGCAAUAAUGUAUGUGGAGAACAAGAUGUACAAGGGAUCAAACGUCAGGUGGUGUGCGAUCCCCAAUCCAAACCUGGCGGUUGAAAUUAUGAAGGUAGAGCGCCCGGAUAACAUAGACUUCCAGUAUGUUAGGACGAUGAUAUGUGAGGAAUUUAUAGGGUACAACCUGCAGUCAGUGCGGCAGCUACUAAUGCUGGUCCCUCUAAUGGAGGCGUGGUCCGUUUAUGCAAUCGACCUCAAGGAAAGAGUUUUGCAGAUCUUCGACCCGACCGAUGCAACACCGGAAAGGAAUAAAACAAAGGAGAUCCAUUGGAAGAACGGCAAAAUAAUUCUUAGAGGUCUAGUUCGGAUCAUCAACGAAUGCAUCCCAACCUGGGAGAUGGACAGGGUCGGGUGGAGUGUUGGCUUCAAGAACGAUUUUUACGAAAGUUGUGCAAGUGAGGAGUCGGCCAUGUACUGCGUGCACAUCCUGAAGGAGUACAAUGGGGUUGGGCUGGAAAACCAGAUAACUCCGGCAACUGCAAAAUACCUACGGAAGAAGCUAGCUUAUGAGGUGUGCACAUUGGGACGGAACAGGGGAGAGCUGCCGGCGAAGAUGGCAAGCAUGAGGCCUUCAAGGAUUGUGGAUGAGAGCAAGCUCAUCAAAAUUGACUGAACCUCAGGAUUGAAGUGGAAAUUGGAAGGUCGAAGGUUGGAAGAUUGUUUUGGUGGCAUAUGGUCAAGAAGAAGGCAUACGCGUGACUGGGGUUGAGAGCAUUCUCAUAAUGCAGCUAGAGCUAUGUUGCAAGUUCUGCUGACCACCUAGUCCCCCCUCCCUAGUACAUAUUUGGUCGACGGGUUGGUACCCGUGUAGACCAUAGGCGAGUGAACGAACACCCCCUUUAUUAAGACCUAGUGGCUGUAAUAUUGGUAAUUCAGACUUGGACAAGUUGUGUAUUUAGUGCUACGGUAGUUUGCAAUUUACAUUUCGCUAUGGCUCCGUGAUGGUGCGUGCGAACAUGCUUCUGCAAAAAGUUGGGUUCAGAGAUCUUUUCCCACGU